UCUAUGAUUUUGUUUUGUUGUUGAUGGAAAAUAUCAACGACUAGAGUCGAAAUCUUCAACCAAGCAACCUGUAAUCCGCGUUUGAGACUUUCUGCGAAAUUUCAGAUCUCGUGUGAGCGAGUACCGAUUUAGGUACGAAUCUCUUUGAUCCUCACAUCUCCCCUUACUUCUUUAUAAUCUGCUGCAAAAGAAUCGGGUCUUCUUUUGGAUUUUUUUUUUUUAAUUGGUUUUGUGUAGAUCUAAGAUUAUUAUUUCUUCCCUAGAAGAAGCAUCUACGGUUCAUUUUUUGUUGUCUAUUUCUGUAAAUUUGUGCCGAUCGAUGAGGGCUUUUGUUUAAUUUCGCGUUUUCGCUAUUCUAAUCCAUAGAUCUAGUGUUUUUGUAAAUAAUCAAGAUGAGCAGACCCCAGGAACCACACCGCCCUUUCUUCUCAUUCGGGAAUCCUUUCCGCAUGAUAUCACCAAAGGGCUCUCAAUUGUCCCCAAGGCUUCUUUCCUUAUUGAAUGCCUUUGAGGAAACCUUGGCAGAGAGGUUGAGGAAACUUCAUCCAAAGGAUAAGAAUGAUGUUCUUAGCUUACCAUGGAUGAAAUCUGCAAUGGAAUCACUUUGUGAGACUCAUACUGACAUAAAGUCCUUGAUUACAGAUCUUGAGCUCCCUGUGACUGACUGGGAUGAGAAAUGGAUAGAUGUGUACUUGGACAUCAGUGUGAAGUUACUUGAUAUUUGCAUUGCUUUUAGCUCCGAGCUUUCCCGGCUUAGCCAAGGCCAUCUCUUACUUCAAUGUGUGCUUCAUAAUCUGGAGUCCAACACUCCAAAGCAAUUUGUACGGGCUUGUUCUUCCCUUGAUAGCUGGAGACAACACAUUACUUCAAAGAAUUUACGAGUCCAGAACUGUCACUCCAUCUUGGAUAAUCUUGUGGAAUCACUGAAUCUGCCAAAGGUUAAGAAUUCAGCUAAAGGAAAGGUCUUGAUGCAGGCAAUGUAUGGAGUUAAAGUGCAAACAGUGUUUGUAUGUAGCGUCUUUGCUGCUGCCUUUUCAGGUUCGUCAAAGAAGUUGUUGGAUUUGGAAGUCCCAAACACAAUCUUGUGGGCACAAGCAUAUUGUAAUUUGCAGACAAAUGUAAAUGGGGAAAUUAGAGAGAUAUUUUCUAGUGGAAAAUUUACAGUCCUGAAGGAAUUGGAGGCAGUUGAUUCAAUUGUGAAGAAGAUGUAUCCCAUGAUUCAAGAUGGAUUAGGGCCUGUUGAAGUAGAAGCAUUUGAACAUUCUGUUUCAGAUUUGAGAACAGGGUGAAAGAUCUGGGCAUUGAGUUUCAUUCCCACUGCAAGGGAUAGAACGGUAAGUCACUAAGCUCAAGAAGUUUGGUGUUGCUGGAUAUCAGGUGUGUGUAAUCGACUCUUUCACUGAAAAUAAAACUCAUUUUACCUAAUUUCGUGAUUCAUGAUUAGAUGUUCUGUAGGGAGUAUCUAUUCUAUAUUGAUAUUUUCACAUUGUUGAGCCCUCAAAUGUUGAAUAUUGGAUUGUUAGUUUGAUAUAUUUAUCUGGUCUUUCCUGUCCACCAGUUUGACAAUGCAAAGCCUGCAUCCGGGAAGGUGUCCUAGUGUGAAGCAAAGAGGUUCCUUUGGUUUGAUGUACGAUCUUAUGUGGUUUUGUUGUUUUGCAAAUAGGCAUUGAAUGAACGCUAAAAUGCCUCGGAUCCUCGGCGCAUAUUUGGAAUCGGACCUUUAGCUGUAGAAUUGUGGCGGGGGGACUUUCUUGGCUGCCGUAUGAUGUUGAGCGAGGAAAGGUGAAGUCGAGAAAUUACGUAUGGUAUAGACAAUUAGACAUGAUGUUGGCCCUGCUAAAUUUACAGACGCUAAACAAUAAACGUGACGAAACUGGAGAAUUUUUCGGAAUUCCGUUGCCGAUUGCGCAUGCUCAGCGUUUUUCCUUUUCUCCUUGCCCCAUUUCUUGAAGUUGCUUGUAAGUUUAUUUAACAUUAAAAAGAAAGUUAUCCCA